AUGGAACUCUCUCAGCAUACUGUAUUGUCUGGGAUUAGAUACAAUAUGGGAGAAAACAUCAAACCGUUAAGUAUCAACAACUAUGCGUCGUUUUUUUAUGUGCAGACUCUUGAAAAGGAACUGGGUGAUUCAUUAUUCUCACGAUUGAGGAGCACGUUCCUUGGCCCUAUAAUCGAGGCAGGAUUACAACCGACAGAUGGAUUGGUGUUUUCUGCAAAAUCAGUUCAUUUCGUGGUGUCAAGGCGGAUUAUGACAACACAAACGUUCGAGUGUUGGUUCCGCUUUAACCCAUGCGAUUCUAUUUACGAGAAUGUUAUUUGGUCACAGGUUUACCUUGUCGGGAAUCAAGAGAAGAAGACAUCUGUAGUGGUCCCUUCAUCAAUACAAGUGGGACACGACACACUUGUGAGGACUUGCUAGCUUAGAUCAAAA